AAAGCUGAGAAGACUCCAGUUGUAAAAUUCCUGGCAUCUCUCUCUGAAUGUGACUUUUUGUCUUUAACACACACAAAACCAUUUUUAUUCUACAAAAGCAGCUAUAUACAAAUAUCUGGUGGCAUAUCAUAGGAUCGACUAAACAGAGUGUUGUGUUCCUUCACAGAGAGGAUGCAUACUGGUAGUGAUUCAAGAAAACACACGAAGAUGUGGCUCUUGUUGUUGGGGAUGUUGUUCUUUUGCAUGGAGACCACCAAUUCAAAAUCUCAACUAUCAGAGAAUUUCUACGCCUCCAGAUGCCCUAACGUGGAGCUCAUCGUUAGACAGGCGGUUACCACGAAGUACCAACAAACCCCCAUCACGGCUCCAGGAACGUUACGGAUGUUCUUUCACGACUGUUUCGUCGGUGGAUGUGAUGCUUCUGUGUUAAUAGCAUCUGACAAAGGAGACGCGGAGAAGGAUGCUCACGACAAUAUAUCUCUCGCAGGAGACGGAUUCGACACCGUGGCUAAGGCCAAACUCGCUGUGGAAGCUCAAUGUCCUGGCCUUGUGUCAUGUGCUGACAUUCUGGCUCUUGCAGCCAGGGACGUGGUCGUCCUCGCUGGAGGUCCAAGGUUUAAAGUGGAGCUAGGGAGACGAGACGGACUCGUGUCAAAGGCCUCUCGUGUAGACGGGAAGUUACCAGGGCCAGAUCUAGACGUGACCGGUCUGGUCAAACUAUUCGCUAGUAACGGUCUUUCAAUGACCGACAUGAUCGCUCUCUCAGGCGCACACACGAUAGGAUUCUCUCACUGCGACCGUUUUGCUCACCGUCUCUACAACUUCUCAUCCCUCAUGCCCGUAGACCCCACGUUAGACCCAGCCUACGCGCGACUGCUGAUGGAUACCUGCCCUCGAGUCGGGUCGGAUCCCAACAUCGUCGCAGACCUCGACGCAAACACCCCGCGUGUCUUCGACAACGUCUACUUCCAGAACCUCGUGGCUAGGAAGGGACUAUUCACCUCGGAUCAAGUUCUGUUUAACGACUUCAGGUCUCAGGCAACGGUUGUCAGGUUUGCAAACAAUGCUGAUGAGUUCAAAACCGCUUUCACCUCAGCUAUGAGGAAACUAGGCCGCGUUGGAGUUAAAGUUGGUAACAAAGGAGAGAUUCGUAGAGAUUGCUCUGCUUUUAAUUAACUUUUAUAUAUUAAAUUAUCUUUUUUUUGAAUAAAUUAUAUAUUAAAUUAUCAUAAUCCAACAAUGGAACAUUUAUUCUAAAUAUAUUUUUAUGUAAAAUCUACAAAUCGUAGAUGUUGCCGUGGAUAUGAAUCCAAAGAAACGUACAAA